AUGGGAAGAGCCCCAUGUUGUGACAAGGCUAAUGUGAAGAAGGGACCAUGGUCACCUGAAGAAGAUGCAAAGCUAAAGAACUACAUAGAGAAUCAUGGCACUGGAGGAAAUUGGAUUGCUCUCCCACAAAAAGCUGGGCUCAAAAGAUGUGGAAAAAGUUGCAGACUGAGAUGGCUCAACUAUCUUAGACCAAAUAUUAAGCAUGGAGAAUUCUCUGAUGAUGAAGAUAGAAUAAUUUGCAGCCUCUUUACCUGCAUUGGUAGCAGAUGGUCAAUUAUAGCAGCUCAUUUACCAGGCAGAACUGACAAUGAUAUAAAAAACUAUUGGAACACCAAGCUCAAGAAGAAACUCAUGGAGAUGGCUACAUUUGCUCAUCAGAGAAGGCCUCAUCAUGGUGCAAUCUAUCCCACAACAGCUAAUUCAUUUCUUCAAAAUCCAUCACUUCAGCCACAGACAUCAGCAUAUCACUCUACAAACAACAACUGCUAUACCACUACUCCAGCUAGGGUUUUUACUGGGGGCUAUGAAUACAUGUCCAACAUCCCUUCAAAUCUCUUGGAAAACACCUCCAGUUUUACCACUUGUUCUACAAACUCUAGUACUCCUACAGUGUUCCAAACACAAGAAGGACACGGGACGGGGCUCGUGCAAAAUUAUCAAGUCAAAGAUAAUUACAAUAAUCUUCUCAUCUUUGGAAAUGAAGCCAGUUGCAGUUCAUCUGAUGGAAGUGGGGUUGAUGAAGAUUUAGGUUUGCUAAGCUAUUUUGGAAGUGGUGUUGAUGAAAAUCAGAAGUUUACUCUUCCUGCUAAUGGAUAUGCUGAUGAUCAAAACAAGGCAACAAAUGGGCGUUUUAAUGAAAAUCCAUUAGAUUACAGUAUUGAGGAGAUUAACCAGCUGAUUAGCACUAAUAACAUCUGCAAUAAUCUCAAUUAUUCUGUGGAUGAAAUCAAGACAGAAGAACAAGUCUUGUACUACUGA